GAAAAUUUGUCCAAAAAAAUUCCUCUCCGCAAGGGAGAAGAAACACCUGGUAAAAGUCUGAGAACUUUUUAAAUCGUUGCCAAAAAGUGAUUUUGAUUAUUAGUGGAUUAUUGCAAGUUGUCAAUUUAUUGAUAUAUCCUUCGGGAUUUGACGAGACAAUUAGAACGAGUGGUGCGUCUGUGCGAGCCAAGUUCAUUGGACGCAUGACGUAAUUGUAUUGAUCGCGGAAGAAGAGGCCGAGAGUCGCGCAUUCGCCAUCUUGGUCGAUUUAGUUGGAGAGUAGAAGAGAGUUUGAGUGUGUAUCAUUCACAGGUGCGGUGAAUUUAUCAGUGGAACUGUAAUCCGUGGCGAUCCGUGCUUUAAGUAGUUUUAUUGGGAUUUGAACCCGUUUGUGAAUUCGCCACCCAUUUGGACGGACCAAGACAAAGGGUUCGUUCGUUGGGUCUGAGUAGUACUAAAUGGUUGCCUGCAGACAGCAUGUCUACUCUGUCGGGGAUUGUGUCGAAGGGGGAGAAAGGAAAAUCAAAGUUUCAAUCUUUAGAUAUUAAUAGUUUGUACCGCGUGAGCAGGGGUGAAUCUUUAGAACAACAGCAACAAAAAAGUACAUUACCACGCAAACAUGGAAUGCAAAGUUUGGGAAAGGUGCCUUCGGCACGGCGACCACCUGCUAAUUUGCCCAGUUUGAAAAGUGAACACAGCAGCAGCGAUCCGGCUGUAAGUCUUGUACCAAGCGGUGGCAGCGGUUGGGCUACAACUAAAGAAGUUACGUCAUCUACAAACACAACUACCACAAUAGCAAACACUCUUGACAGCAAUAAUACAAAUUCGUCCCAAUCACAAUGUGUAACUGGCACCAGUCCUUCAUCAACAGUGACACAGCAUCAGCCAUUGCCAGGACAACAACAGAAUUCAACAUCACCACAUCCAUCAGACGUAGGAAACAAAUCAUCAUGGAGUGCAAUUAUGAGCAGACCAGGAGAUGUUGGAGGUGGAAUAGCAGGUCAGCAACAGCAACAAUCUCAACAGAAUCGAGAAAUAAAUGCACAAUAUGGUCCUGGGCCAAGUCUACGACCCCAAACCGAAGGAAGUUGGAUUCAAGGUGGAAGUCGUGCAGCAGGAGGAGCUGGAACCGUGGCAGCUGGACCCGGAAGUGGGAAUACUCAGGGGGCCCAGGGCCCCCUGAUAAAUGUCGCCUGUCCACCGGGACACACAGAGGGACCCACUGGAGGUCGUCCGAACUUGGCCCCAUCUCCAGGCAUGGCUAUGGGCCAGGCAGGCCCGCCAAACAAUCAAAGUUCAGUUCCCUCUGGUCCUCACCAAGUCGGUCCAAAUAUUCAUCACUAUCGAGGAAUAAUUCCUCCUUUUAUGUAUAGAGGAAACCUUCCUCCAGGAGGUUUUCCCUCGCAAUUCACUGGAAAUUUUGGACCCGGAGGUCCGCGACCUAGAUUUAACUAUCCACCGGAGCGUUUUGCGAACGCGCAACGCCAACAGCAAUUACAACAGCAACAACAACAGGAACGGGAUCGCCAAAAUCCGCCGGACGAAGAACCAUUGGUGACCCGACCAAUUAUUAAAGAAGAAGAUCUUACAAAAAUGGACGAUAUUUCUCGUGACGCUGGCUGGGCAGCUCAUGAUGUUAUUGAUUACAAUCAGAAAUUGGCAUUCAGUGAUGAUGAACUCGACUCUGAGCCAAUCAAGAAGGAGGAAAAGAAGGAAAUAAAAGAGGAAAAGAAUGAGGAAAUUUUAUUAGAUGAACGUGAUAAAUUGAGAGAUAAUCGUGACAGAGAAUCGAAGGAUAAUCGCGAGCAGCCGUCACUACGCACGUGGAAUCAAAAUACAUCACCGCGCGAUUUUCGCGGACCACCCAAUCAACAAACUGGUUAUUCUUCUCAGCAGCAGCAGCAGCAGCAACAACAACAUCGCUCAAAUCAUUCUCUAAGAGGUGUCGAAGAAGAGGAAAUUUGGAAUCAGCGUCGUCGCGAGCAAGGCGAAAAAGUCGCCUCAGCUGUUGAACGAGCCCGUCAAAGAAAAGAGGAGGAGGAGAAACGCUAUCAGGAACAAACGAAGCAGGCUGCAGCGAAAAAAUUGCAAAAUUUAGAGCAAAAAUUAAAGGAGAAACAAGCAAAGCAGAAGGACGAUGAAUUGUCAUCAUCUGAGUCAAAAGGUCUAAUUUCCGUGCCUCCAGUGUCAAUUCCAGUGCCCGAAUGGGAGCGAGAUAAGGAAAAUCGCGAAAGGGAAAGUCAGGAACGUUCUCGUACAUCCUCGGAGGGUAAAGAAGAGAAAAGAGAUUCUCGUGAGCAGGUGUCAAGUGAGUUUCGUGAAAGAGCUUCAUUUAUGAGGCAAGUAGAUACUCCUCGCGUUGAACGUGAACGCGAUCGUGAACAACGUGAACGUGAACGUGACCGCGAUCGUGAUCAAAGGGAAAUGCGUGAACGUGAACCGCCAGCGUUCUCUCGACAUUUUCAGCACAAUCUACCGCCACGUUUUCAAAAGCAACAAGCUGAAAGAAGUGGCACCGCGUACAAUCGAGUUUCAUCAAAUGCCGAGCGCUCUGUCUCGCAACCUGUCACUUAUUCACAGCAAAUUGAGCCCAACAGAUGGGUUCCAAAUCAUAGCAAUUCAUUGACAGAUCCGAUGAAAAUGUCGCAUACGAUGCCACAGCCCCCACGUCGCAGUAAGGAUUCAGAUGUGAACAGUUCUUUGGAGGAUGAGCGUCCACCUUCACGUGAUCAUCGUGGACCGCCAAAUUCAAGAGACGAUCGUUAUCGUCACACAUCUCAUCGCUCUUAUGACAAUCGCAAAACUGGUGGUUAUUACGACGAUUACUCACGUGGCUAUAAAGAUUACGAAUAUGAGGAGAGACAUUCACGCGAUUCCUGGGAACGCGACAGACACUACGAUGAUAAAGAUAACAGGGAAUCGAGAGACGCGCGAGAUCGUGAACCUAGAGACAGAGAUAGUAGACACGGUGACAAUCGCGAUGUUCGCGAUAGAGACGUUGUGAGAGACAAGAAAGAUUAUGAUCCUCAUAUGAAGGUUUCAAGUGCUGGGCAAGAUUCCUUCGAUGAGCGUGAUAAUCAACGUGAGAGAAGCGAGAGUGCCGAAUGGCGCGAUGAUCGUCGUGAUCUUCAUGAUGAUCGGAAUCUUCAAGAUAGAUCGUUUGAAAAUCGACGUAAUAUUGCGAGAGACGAUCGUUCAGAGAGAAGUGAAAGAAGUGAACGUAGCGAGAGUAGACCACAGAGACCAGAUUCACGUGACAGUCGAACAUCACGUGAAUCAAGAACUUCAUUGCGCGACGAAGAUUUUUCAAAAUCACGUGACAGUGGUUCAUGGAUUAAUGAUCUCUCUGAUUAUGAGGAGAAAAAAUCUGAUAUUUUCCGUGAAGAUAUUAGAGAGCGUGAUAGAAGACAACCACCAGGUCCAGUGACAAGGGAAAAACUCGAGGCUGAUGAAUUGAAAUCGGAAAAACGUUGUCUAACACAAUUGAAACGUGGCUCUUUGGAGCAGGAGAAGAAAAUUGAUUCACUGAAAGAUUCAUCGAUUGAAUCCUCAUUGAAGAAGGAAACGGAAGUUUGGAAUAGAAAAUUAGAGCGCACUUCUGAUAAUAAUCGAAGUAAUGAGAGUUCAAAAGCGUGGGCCGACGCUGUUUCUCCGACAUUCGAGAAGGAGGAGGAGAAACUCGAGCCUAAGGACGAUAAGGUGAUUACUGAUUUGAAACAAAGUAUGGAGAAAUUAAGUGUUGAUAAAAGGGACGAUACUAUUGAGGAGAGUAAGGAUGAUAGUAAAGAUGAUAAGCGGGAUAAAUCGUCGAGAAAUCGAGCGAAUAGUGGAAGUUCCAGAGGAGGCAGAGAUUCUAGAGGAAGACAAUGGGGUGGUUUUAAUGUAUAUAAUCAACGUUGGCGUGGUUCUGAAACUAGAGGCCGAAGGGGUGGUGGGAGAAUUUCCGGAAGACCCGGAUCUGCUAGAAGUGGAUCUUAUGGACAUACGGACUCGGAAAUUAGUGGAGACGAAGUUUCGAGCUCCGCGGAAUUACCAAAGGAGGAGAGAAGGCCAAAGUCGCCGAAACCUUUUCAAAAAGGUGAGAAGGAAGAUCGUAAUCGUGAAAUGUCGAGGCGUGAUGAUAAACGCAAUGAUUAUUCACAAGUUCGAAAUGACAAGCGACCUGGCUAUGAUGGAAGACCGACUCGCGAAGGUUUUGCACCGUCGGGUGAACCUUCACGACGAGGACGAGGUGGUUAUAGAAUGAGGGGAGCAACCACUGGCGGAAGAAUGGAAGGCUAUGGUCCACCGUCAAGCAAAAGUCCCUUUUCAUCAGAAAGAAGUAUCGACGACAAAAAUGUUGGACAACAAAAUCCAACUUCCACUACUCCCCUGUCUGAAAUUGAUCCCAACAAUGUGAAUAGUCUGGAAUCAACGGACGACAAAACAAUCGCUAAACAACAAGCCUUAACUGCUGGAAUCACUGGAAGACAUACAAAAUCUCCAAAUCAACAGACAGUAGUGAAGCAGGAGAAUCAUACGAAUCCCCCGAGAAAUCAAACCAGAAAGGACGAGACAAGACCCAAACGGAACCACAGUGGAAAUCGAAAGACAAGGGACAUGAACAGAGAAACACGAUUCCGUGGCGGUGUUGUCGUUGGCACUGGUGGCAACAAUAUUUCAAAGCAGAAUUCCUCUGACAUUGGCAAUGAAGAUUGGGAAACAACUUCCGAAAACAGUGACGAACAUAUUGAUGAUAGAAAAGACGCCCGCAAUAAUCGUAAACCAUUCAGCAGAGGUGGUGUUGGUGUUGGUGGUGGUGGUGGUCAGAAUCAAGUUCUUGGUUCGCAAUCACGUCGAAAUGAUCAGUUGGGCAAUAAUCGCGAUCAACGUGGUGAAAAAAAUCCAAAGUCUUCCAGCGGUGCCUCGUCACGUGCUCCGGGUGCUGAAAAACGAAAUGUUCAAAAUACAGCCUUCAACAAUCAAAGAAAUAAUUCUGCAAAUAUUCCCCCAUUGAUGCAAAAUGUACAAACACAAAACGGCCGACCAAGGAGUCAAGGCUCAGCGAAUGCUCCACUAUCCGUGAAAACAAUGAAUAAGGAAAGUACCGUGAAUCGUGUCGAUGAAAUAAAACUCAACGAUCCAAAUCUAGUGAAUCAAGCGCUAAACGACAUAAACAAAAAAUCAGUCGCCAAGGAUAAGAAGAACGACAAUGAAUCCGAUACAAAUAAUUAUUCAACCGGCGGCGAUGAAGUGAAUAGUACAGAAGAUAAAGUUGAUUCCGAUGGUUUUCAAGAGGUACGUUCCAAGAAAAAUGUCAAAGAUUCAAGACAAAAGGAGGAUGUGAAAACGACGAGACGCGACAAGGAUAAGGAACGUGAGCGCGAAAGAUCGAAAUCAAAAUCAAACGGUCCACAGCAACCGACGCCUCAGCAAGUUCAAAAGAUUCCAACUCUAUUGGGUCAACCAAUCUUACCGCCAGCGAAUAUGCCGCAAAAAUCAUUUGAUCGCAAUACAAGUCGUCAAAAAUUGGCCCCACGCUUUCAAAAGCAACGUUUGGCCAAACAACAGCAACAACUCGGCAGCGACAGUGAAGGAAAGUCAAAUAAUUCCGGUAAUUACAUGAAGGACUCAAGCGGAGGACCAGCGCCACCGCCUUCGGUUAAUGCCUGGGACAAACCAUUCACAAGUCAAUUGAGAGCAAAUUCACCAUCCGGAGUUUCAACCGACAUUCAAUUAAUGUCAGGACUCGCCACUCAAGCCGAUCACGUUCACGAAACAAAUGAACAAACAACAUCCGGCGGUAGUAGCCAACGUAAUUCGCCAAAUUGCGAGAAAACCGGAAAAAUUGGCAAAGAGGAGAAAAAUGUCACCGACACAAGUUCACCACCCGUUCAAACUUUAAUUUUCGAAAAUACCAAUUAUUCCAAAACAACGAAAACAAGUUCAGCUGAUUUGGCCAUGAAAUCAAAAUACUCAAAUCACAUGAAAACGCAAUCGAGAAUUGAUAAACGGAGCGAUAUGGAUGAUGAUGGUAAUAUUCAGCAGCAGCAACAGCAACAACAACAACAGGCCCUCUCCGCCGCAUUCUCCACUAAACCUGGUGAUAUAAUUAAAGAAAAGAAUCAGGAACCAAUUCAAAUGCCUUUGUCUUUUAAUAAAAGUGAGGAUAAUGCAGACAUGAAGCUGGACUUUACGUUUGAUUCGGAUCUCUCGCAAUUAACUGAGGACAAGAGCAAGAGUUUGGGAAUGACAAGAUCGAUACAUAUGACCGGUGGUCAAAGUAGUUCGACAGCUGAAUUAAAUUUGAAAAUUGCAUCGGUUAAGAAAGUUUGGGAGAAUGCGCCACCAAUGCCAACUGUUGUUGAGCAUGAGGACGGCAGUGUUGUCAGUAAUGCCAACAGUUUUCCACAGGCAUUCGAAAAUAAUGACGAUGACAAUUACAGCCACCAACAGUAUAAUCAGAAUAAUAUGAAAAAUGAAAUUGCAACCUCAACGAAUGUUUGCAAGCUGGUUCCCCCGCAGGUAAAGCCGCAACAACAAACUGCUGGCGGUAGUGUUGCGCAAUCUGGUUCCUCUGUUCAAGGACCCAGUCCCAUAGGACCCGGACAAAGUCCCAUUGGACAUCCUCCCGUGAGUCUUCAGGGACCACUCAGUCCACCGCCUUUCAAUUCCACCGGGCAACCAUCUCACAUUAAUUAUCAGGAAUUUCCCCAAUAUCCUGGUUCGCAAGCGGCUCAAUAUGGCAGUAUGUCUGCAAUUCCAUCGCCUCCAGCGAUGCUCUAUAAUACCGGAUCGGGACAACUUCCAGCGCAAGCUGGUGGUCUUUACGGUGCAUUCCAAUUAGAUCAGAGUCGAUCGCCAUUUACACAGUACCCUCCAUACGCGCCGUCCUUGCAAAAUUCAUUCAAUCAACAAAGUGUCUACCUACAGCAAGCGCCACCACACGCACCAAAUGCCCCAGCACCCGAUAUGUAUCAGAGUAAUCUCUCUCAAUAUCGUAUCACAGCAGCGGCAGCGCCUCCCUUUGGACAAAAUCAACAAUUGAGCAAUAAUCCAAAUACAGUGUUGAUAAGUUCAUCGUCAAAUUCAUUGAUGUCGGCUAGCGUGAAGCCAUCGUCACAACCAAUUGGCGCCAUUGGAACGAAAGCGCCACACUUUCAAGCGCCAUCGGCGCCACAACCGAACCAAUUGGCUUACAUUCCAUACGAUCCAAAUCAAGUGCUGGGUGUGAGUGGCAGUUACAUGGGAAAUUCACAGCUCGUUCAAAGGCCAGGACCCAAUGUUCAACCGUCGGCGAAUAGUUAUUACAGUGCAACGUCCGCCGAUGUAUUUCCAGGUUCGCAAACUGGAUUCUAUCAACCUGGCGGCGCAGCUCAACAAACGGGAACACAUUACGGCCUACAGGGUUUCAGUCAGCAUAGUCAGAGUUUAGCGACUGGGAAUGCGGCUCCCGUUGGUCUACAGAAUUUUGGCUCACAAUUUUUGUCGAGCUCGGGACUUCAAUUGGCGGCGCAAGGCUAUAGAAAUCCCACUGGUGGACUGCCGGGACCAGCCAAUGCGGCAGCGACAUUUCUCAGUAAGCAUCAACAACAGGAACAACCGAGGCAAUUGAAAAGUCCAUCUGGCAAUCAACAGGAUGUACUCACUUCUGUUUUUGGAUCAACACCACAAAUACCAUCGCCAAAAUCGAGAAAACAACAAACGUCAUCACAACAACCACAACCAAGUCCAACGCAACAUCAUAAAUAUCAACAAUAUCAGGGCGUCAGUCAGUCUGCUCUGGUAAGCAGCUACACUAACUAUGUUCUACAACAGAAUGUUCGUGGAAUGGGUAUGCCACCGCCGCCUCGUGCAGGACUUCAGUCUUCCCAGCAAAGAUAUCCUCCUCCAAUUCAGAGGCCCGUGGUUCCAUUUCCUCCAGGACCUAACAAUCCAUCGCAACAGCAACAACAAAAUUGUAUGACCACUCCACAGCAACAACAGCAGCAGCAAUCUCAAAUUAAUCGUCACAGAACGAAUAUUCAUCAACAACAACGCAAUAUGAAAAUGCAACAACAAUAUUAUUCUGGAUCAGGCAACGUAAAAAUGGAUUCCAGUGAUAAAGUUGACUCUCAUAAUGAUAAAAUUGCCGAGAACAAUACAGGAAAUCAAUCUGGAAACAAUAAGUCAAAUAUAAAUCAACAAGACAGCGAAAACAAGGAGGAAGUAAACCAGCAAAAUGAAUAAUCAACUUAUUAAAAAAAAAAAGGAGAUUACAGAGGAAAGAUUUUCUUAUUGCUCUCUCUCUCUCUCUCUCUCUCUCUUUCUCUCAACAGAUGAAUGGCUUUCUUGUUUACUACAAAAAAUGAUAAAAAAGCAAAAAAACUAAAAAAAAAAACAACGUUUCUGCUUAUCUCUGACUAUUCGUUGCAAGACUUUGUGUCGUGCUUCGAUUUAUCUUCUAUUUUUCUCCAAAGGAAAAAAAAAUCUAAACAAAAGCCAUUAGACAAGUGGCGCAACACACGAACACUAAGGGAAAAUAGUUUUUGUUUUUAAUUUUCUUUUUUCGUAGAAAAAAUUCGGUGUAAUUUCCGAAUUCUUCUUCUUAAAAGUGACAAAUCUUGAGAUUUACAAAAGAUUUUUGGGCCGUUUAUAUAUAUAAAAAAAAAGUGCAAGUUUACACUCAUAUUGUCGUCGUUUUUUUUGUGCACUUAAGUGCCGAGAAGUAAAUGUAAUUUUUUUUUUUCUUUGUUUUUGUCGAAAAAAAAAUGUGAACUAUUGUUAAUUAUACAAUAAUUGGUGAGAAAGUGAAGAAAUAAAGUAGGUGUUUUAUAAGACGCCAACAAAUCUUUUUACGCACCGUCAUUAUAAAAAGUGAAUAAAUAAAAAAAAAUAAAAAAAAAACAAACGGAAAGACUGUCAUCCGUGCCUCCGAGUGCGGUGGAAGAGAUAAUACAAUUUUUUUUUUAUUUAAAAAAAAAUCCUUCAAGAAGCUACGCCCCCAAAGGAUUUUUGGAAUUUUUCGUCUUUUUAUUGAUUGAAAAAAAAAACAUGGUAAAGUCUCAUUUUUAGUAUCAUUUUUUCGACUUUGCUAAAAUAUUUCACGCUCAUUGUAUCAAUAGCUCGUAUCGCAGAGCGAAAGGAGACUAAACUUAGCAAUAAAAAUAAAACGAAAAAAAAAAUAUAACUUAUAAAGGAAUAAUUAUCUACUGCCAUUGGAGGAAAUUCCCUCGAGAGGAUGAUAAUGAUGAUGAUGAUGAUGAUGAUGAUGAUGAUGAAAAAAAAACAAAACCCAGAGAAAUUUUCUUCAAAAAAAACUCGGACGUGUCUUUUUUGUAAACUUUGUAUUUCAAAAAACAAAAAAUAAUAAGAAAAUGAGAUCAGAGGUUCAGAGGUUGUAAAGAGAGGAAAAAAAAGAAAGAAAGAAAAAAGAAACCCGUUGACGGGCUGCUGCACAAAAGGCAUAUGAGACGUUUUUUUUUUUAGAAACAAAUAUGUGUAUGUUUUUUUUUGGAAAAAUGGAUAAUUCUUAGAAAUUAGUGAAAGAUAUUUCUUUCCGAUAUUUGCUAUUAUAAUUUUUUUUCUUAAUUUUAUUAUAUAUGUUUGCACGUGUACACUGAAGGUAAAAUUGAAUGAAAGUAAAGAGGAAAAAAAAAGUAGAGGAAAAAUUGAGUAUGUAAGAUUCUUUAAACGUAUAAUUAUUAAAGGUAUAAAAGAAUGAAAAGAGAAAUGUUCGAUCGUGUUCUACUGCUUCGAUGCGGUAUUUUUAAAUUGUGUCUAAGGCACAAGGGCAGCGGUACUCGGGUCUGUCGAUUCGAUCAAUAAAUAAAAGAAAUGAGAAUCGUCAAACUAAAAAAAAAAUAAAAAUCCUCAUUCUUCUUUUUGGCAAGAUCGAUAUUAUUGCGAUUGACAAUGCGUGAUAUAAGACCUGUAAAUAUUGUUUUAUUUGAAAGACUGAAUUUUGUGUGGCCGUCGUUGUAACAAUUCCAAGGUACUUUUUUUUUAUUUAUUAUUUUUUUUUUUUUUUUAAAUAAUUUUAUUAUUUCGUUGAGUCAAGCGUGGCGGUUCCGAGCGAUAGGACAGACCCGCGGAUCUAACCCAAAGUGCCUGUAUUUUUAUCUGUAUUGUAGUUAGUAACGUGACAACAGUAACUUAUACACUUACCUGCUACAUUAUAAUAAAUAAAGGGAAACAUAACGUUACUUUCUUGUAAUACUGAACAAAUUUACCCAAAAAUGAAAAAAUAUUGGAUGCAGCAGGACUGAAAAAAAUUUUUUGUCACAAUGACGAACAUAGUAUAAGCUUCAAAAAAAAAUUUCAAUUCAUAUAAAUGAAGCUCUUAUCAUCGCAUCUUUUUUUAAAAACAAAAAAUAAUUAAAAACCCUAUUCUUAAAAAAUUGACUCUGCGCAAGAAGCUCCGUCUUUUCAUUCUGCAAAAAAAGUAUUAUAUGCCUUGUCAAAGAUUAUAGAAAGCGACUGUUGUUACUUAUGUCAGUAUAUUCAAUUUUUACGUUUUAUUCAGUUAUACGUUGUACAGAAUAAAAAAAAAAUACUCAUUGAGUGAAUACUACUUCGUUCUGUGAAUUUUUUUUUUUUGCAAUAAUCGUUUUAAUCAGUAUGAGGAAGAAAAAAAAAACCUAUUUAUUUAGAUAAAAAAGAAUGUAAUAAAUUUAAACUCUUGUUUUUUUGUCUACAAAAAUUUUAUUUAAGAAACUCUAUUAUAUUGUAAACAGAAGAUAUUUCCUAAAUAUUGCACAUUUGGGAAUUUUCCAAUAAACUUGAUUAUAGAAAGAUUUUUUUCUUUUCAAAAAAUUUCGUUUUUUUUAAUCCGAAAAUAAGAUUAGAUGACGUAAUUAAAAAAUAAGGUGCAAUACUUACAUUUGUAACAGCAUAUCGAUUUGCUUUCUUAAAGGGAUGGUGAGAAGUAUUUUCAAUUUUUACCAAGCCCUGACGAAAAGAAAAGAAAAAAAAAACUCCGUAAAUAAAUUGUACAUACUAAAAUCACAAUGUUGAUAAUACACGAGAAGUCAUCGAAAUUGUUAUUAAUUAUGUAGAAAAAAGAAAAUUAUGUUCAUUGAAACGUAAUAUUUCCUUUUUUUCCGUUUUUUUUUACAUUUGUCCCUUAAUUAUUAUUUUUUUUUCAUUAUAUUCUUCCUUCUAAAAAUGAAAAGUAAAAAUUAGACAUAUUGUUCUUCAACGAGGCGAUAAAACAAAAAAAAAAGGUCACUAGUAUAAUAAUUAUGGGUUAUUAGGAAAUUGUAACUCCAACCGCCAGUAGCUAUAUACACGUGGAAUCUUGUAAUUCUUAAGCUCAAGAUUUAAAAAAAAAAAAAAAAGUAAGAGAUUGCGCCAAUUGUACCGUCGACACGUGAUCUGAUUUAACAAUCUAAAUCUUAUGACAUAAAACUAUGAGACAAUUUCACAACUCACAUAAAAAAAAAUAAAUAAAAACAUUACGCUUGUGGUGUAA